AAAAAUCCGCUAAAGCUCUCACGGAGUAAGCCAAGCCCGUACGCCCGCCUCAUCCGUCCCUCUUAUCCGUUACCCAUAGCUUGGUUACCAGAGGCUUGGAGCCCGCGGCAUCUGCCGACUUUGCCUCUCCAAAAGCCAUGGGCUUCACUCCCGCAGUGGCAGCAUCUCGCGCCGGAGUGGCGGCGCCGGCCUUCACCAUCUCCGCCUGGAGCCUCCCCUCCACCCCCACGCUCGCCGGGAGGAAGAGUAGCAGCCCGUUCCUCCACUUCUCCUCCCCACCACCACCGGCAAAUCGGCUCCUGGCUCGAGCCCAGCGCGCCACCUGGCUUCCCGGCCUCGAUCCACCUCUUCACCUCGAUGGCACGCUUGCUGGAGAUUUUGGAUUUGAUCCACUGGGGCUUGGCGAGGAUCAGGAGAGCCUCAAAUGGUAUGUCCAGGCAGAGCUCAUCCACUGCCGCUUCGCGAUGGCUGGCGUUGCCGGCAUCUUGGUGACAGAUUUACUUCGUGUAACAGGAAUCAGCAAACUACCGGUAUGGUUCGAAGCAGGUGCUGCCAAAUAUGAAUUUGCUAGCACAGGGGCGCUCUUCGUAGUUCAACUCCUCUUGAUGGGAUUCGUAGAGACCAAGCGGUAUAUGGACUUCAUCAAUCCUGGAUCACAAGCCAAAGAAGGCACCUUCUUAGGGCUGGAAGCUGCACUAGAAGGUCUAAGACCUGGCUACCCAGGUGGACCGCUGUUCAAUCCUCUAGGCCUGGCCAAAGACAUUGACAGUGCUGAUGAGCUAAAGCUAAAAGAAAUUAAGAAUGGUAGGCUGGCCAUGAUUGCCAUGCUUGGCUUCUUUGUGCAAGCACAAGUAACUCAUGUGGGUCCGAUCGACAACCUUUUAACACACCUUUCAGAUCCAUUUAACAAAACUAUCAUUCAGACCCUCUCCAGCUCUGCUUCUUGAGAAUAGGCUGCAGGUUUUCACCUGCAGCUGUGAAUGGCUUGGUCAAUGUAGUCAGUUCUUACACUGAUUCUUUGCUAUUUUCAUCAGCAGCUCUACCUUCGAAAGUUAAAUGGAAUAAUGCUUGAUUUCCAGAGCAUAAAGAAUUUGACAAUAUGGAAAUCUAAUAGAUUUUGGAAUGCUGAAACAAUAAUCUGGUGUUGUUUACUAACCGGUUCAAAGAUUUUGUUUACACCGA